CGGCGAGCGCGAGGAUAAUCCGGGGAGUGUUUUUUUUUUUUUUUUUGGUCGGAAGCGCGAGAAUGUCAGCCACCUUUCCGGGACUGGUUCAUGAUGCGGAGAUACGUCACGACGGAUCAAACAGCUACCGUUUGAUGCAGCUCGGCUGCCUGGAGUCAGUGGCCAACUCGUCGGUGGCUUACUCGUCGUCGUCUCCGCUCACGUACCCGGCCACCGGGACAGAGUUCGCGUCGCCGUACUUCCCCGCCAACCACCAGUACACGCCCCUGCACCACCAGUCUUUCCACUACGACUUCCAGCACGGGCACCACGCGGCCGUGAACGCCGACGCGUACUACUCGCAGCAGUACUACCAGCAGCUGCACCAUCACGGCGAGCCGACCGACUUCAUCAACCUGCACGGCGCGCGCGCGCUCAAGUCGUCGUGCCUGGACGAGCAGCGGCGCGAGCUGGGCUGCCUGGACGCCUACCGACGCCACGACCUGUCGCUCGUGAGCCACGGCUCGCAGUACGGUGUGCACCCCGAGCAAAGGCUGCUGCCGGGUGCCGGUCUGGGUCUUCCAACGCCGGGGGCCGAUGACCUACAGGGAUCCGUGGACGCGCAAUGCGGGCUCAUGUUGAACGGACAAGGCGGGGUUAUCCGGCGAGGAGGCACGUGUGUGGUGAACCCUACAGAUCUGUUCUGCUCCGUCCCCGGACGUCUCUCUCUCCUCAGCUCUACCUCCAAAUACAAAGUGACCAUAGCGGAAGUCAAGCGGCGGCUCUCUCCUCCGGAGUGUCUCAACGCCUCGCUGCUGGGCGGCAUCCUCAGGAGAGCGAAGUCUAAAAAUGGCGGCCGGUGUCUCCGAGAGAAGUUGGACAGGUUGGGGCUGAAUCUCCCAGCAGGCCGCAGGAAAGCCGCCAACGUCACGCUGCUCACGUCUUUAGUGGAAGGCGAAGCGCUACAUCUGGCGCGGGAUUUUGGCUACACCUGCGAGACAGAGUUUCCCACUAAAGCUGUGGGCGAACAUCUGGCACGGCAGCACACAGAGCCGAAAGAGCAGAACGCCCGCAAGAAAAUGGUGCUGGCCACCAAGCAGAUCUGUAAGGAGUUUCAAGAUUUGUUAAGUCAGGAUCGAUCUCCGUUGGGUUCCUCAAGACCGACACCAAUCCUGGACUUAGAUAUUCAGAGACAUCUAACACAUUUCAGUCUGAUCACACACGGUUUCGGCACGCCGGCGAUCUGCGCCGCUCUCAGCACCUUCCAGACGAUCCUCAGCGAAAUGCUGAACUACCUGGAGAAGCACUCGGCCAAUAAGAGCACGGGAACGCCCGACGGCAGCCAGAUCAACUCCAACUCGGAAAAGACGCCGCUACGCAAAACGAACGAGACGCCGUCAAAAGACGGGAAAAUGGAGAAAACUGAAUGACUCCCCCACCUCCCCGUCCUUUUUUUAAAAUUUAUUUAUUUAUUUGUGUAUUAUUUUACCAAAAUUAGGACUUGCUGCUGACUCACUUCCUGAUCUGAGCUCUGAUGAUGGGCGGACUCUUAUUCGGGGGCGUGGCUCAUACAGAGAGCUUCUUCUUCUUUUUUUUUUGGUGGUUUAUUUUGAAGUUCUGCGAUUCUUUUAUCACUCGGUUAUUUUACUGACGUGUCUUUCUGAGUUAUCCGAGUCCCUCGUAAAGAUAGCGGAGAUGAUUAUUUGAAAAAUAAAAAACGUAAAGCAGGACACACGUUCCAAGGCGUCGUUUCAGGUUGUGUCGGAGCUGUAAAUGAAUCGCGGCGACGCCCGUCGUCGCCGUCGGUAACUGUAUAUUUAACGUGCAUGUUAAAGUUUGUACACUGUUCGAAACCCUCACCGAAAGCGCAGAACUUCACCGCAUAUCGGCCGCAUUUGUAAAGAAGUUAUAUAUAAAUGUAUAAUAAUAAUAAAAAAAAAAAAAAACGGCGACUUUUCUUGCAGGUUUUGAACUACAUAUAUGAAAUAUCCUUACAUGUUCAAUAAAGCAUAUUGCUCAAAGUCUUAUAUUAAACCCGUGUGUUGGUCUGGAGAGCGGUUAUUUUUGAUUAGACUGCUACAGAGGACCGAUUUUAAAUGUCUGUCUCGCACCGUUUGUCAGAUUCUAAAAAGAACCUUCGUGUCUCGUGUCCAUGAUGUUAAAAACUGGCGCGCUGAAAUCACAACAAAGCUGUGUAUAAGCACUUCCAGGGUCAAAGUUCAGAAAAACAAGCAGCCGUUUCAUUCACAUUUAUACUUGAUAGCAUUUAG